AUCUACACCCUUAAGCAAAUAAAAAAUGACUGGAUCAGAUAACAGAAUCCAGCAACCUUAUCUUCUGAAAGUUCCAAAUUGCCAGCGCCACUAAUUUUUUUCCCACCAAAAUUACCAGAAAACACAGAAGAACAAACCAAAACACAGAAAUGGCGACAUCAUUUCUCUCAACUGCAAACAGCUUCCUCUCUUCCACUAUACCCUCCUCCUCCUCCUCCUCAUCAUCAUCAUCAUCAUCACCAUCUUCUUCUUCUUUGUUAGUUUACCUUCACAAACACAAUGCCUAAAGGCAACAACAAAGUACUCUUUGCAAGGCUUUCACUGAGUCGCCAUCACCUUCACCAUGUUUAACGAAAAGAAAUCUCUAUAUUAGCUUCAUCGCCAGCUUUGUUUUCUCAUUGGGUGGUAAAGGCUGUUUUGAUGCCAAUGCAGCUAUAUUAGAAGCCGAUGACGAUGAAGAGCUCAUGGAGAAAGUCAAGAGAGACAGAAAGAAGAGACUUGAAAGACAAGGUGUUAUUAGCUCCUCCAAAGCAGAAACAGGAUAUUUGCAGGAUCUAGUAUACAAGCUGAGUAAAGUGGGUCAAGCCAUAGACAACAAUGAUCUGUCUACCGCUAGUUCAGUUCUUGGUAGAAGCACUGAUACAGAUUGGGUCCAAAAAGUCAAUUCAGCCUUGACCAAGCUGAGCUCUAGUCCUGAAGCAAAGACUGAGGUGGAUACGUUCAAUUCCUCGCUAGCUUCAUUAAUUUCUUCAGUUACUAAAAAUGAUAUCGAGUCCUCGAAAGAUGCUUUUGUGGCAUCAGCCAGCGCAUUUGAAAAAUGGACAUCCUUGACUGGACUGGUUGGACAGCUUAAGGGACUUUGAAGGAAAGGAAGGGCAGAUGAAAGUUUUAUUCUUUUUCUUUUUUGUUUCUUUUCGCUGAGAGAACAACAUGAAGCUUCAUUUAUUCUACACCAGGUGAAUUUAUUUGUAUCUUCCAUUAACUUACUACACGGUUUCCCCUAGUCCCUAAGAUUUGAGAUUGACAGGUUAUCUCAAUUGAAUGAGUUUGGGUUGUAAAUCAUUGCUCAAUGUUCUUGAGCCUCGGUUAUAACUUUUCUCAAUGAGCGUUGCAAAUUUUGAUGUAAAAUAUUCUUUACAAUUUGAGUUACCUGCAUGAUUGCAUUGAUUCGGUAUAAAUU